CACCAGUUCUCCACACCAAACGUUUUCACGGUGUCGGUGAUCCCCACAAUUUCUUUUCCAGAAAACAAAUACCUUCCUCCUCCACCCUUUUUCUCUCUCUCUAAAUUUCUUUCUUUUCUCUCUUUAGAUGUAUAUAUUUCUUCCUGUUUAGCAUUCUCACAGAUCCGAUUCCGAUUCUCCGACCCCUCUUCUCCGGCCUGAUCGGAACCUCCGAACAAUGUCGGCAUCACGACGGCUCCGCGAGCUGCAAUCUCAACCGGGCAACAAGACCUGCGUCGAUUGUCACCAAAAGAACCCUCAAUGGGCCUCCGUCUCCUACGGUGUCUUCAUGUGCUUAGAGUGCUCCGGCAAGCACCGAGGCCUCGGUGUUCACAUCAGCUUCGUCCGAUCCGUGACCAUGGACUCCUGGUCCGAGAUCCAGAUCAAGAAAAUGGAGUCCGGUGGCAACGAAAAGCUCAACGCCUUCCUCGCCAAGUACGGGAUCCCAAAGGAGACCGAUAUCGUCACCAAGUACAACACCAACGCUGCCUCCAUCUACCGCGAUCGAAUCCAAGCCCUAGGCGAGGGUCGAUCGUGGCGUGAUCCGCCGGUUGUGAAAGAAACCGUAAGCCUAGGUGCGAGCAAGAACAAACCGCCGUUGAGCGGUGGUGGUAAUUCUGGGGCAAAUGGAGGGUGGGAUAGUUGGGAUAAUUUGGAUGAUGGAGGGUCCAGGUCGUCGUCGGAUAUGAGGCGGAAUCAUACGGUGAGUGAUUUCAGGAGUGGCGGACGCGUUCCGGCGAGGUCGAGGUCGAGGUCGACGUCGAAUGAUGAUAUAUAUACACGGUCGCAGUUGGAGGCUUCUGCGGCCAAUAAGGAGAGCUUUUUCGCCAGGAAAAUGGCGGAGAACGAAUCACGGCCCGACGGACUUCCGCCUUCGCAAGGCGGGAAGUACGUCGGAUUUGGAUCGAGUCCAGCUCCAAUGCCGCAUAGCAAUUCGCAAGGGGAUGUUAUUUCCGCUGUUACUCAGGGAUUUGGUAGGUUAUCUAUGGUUGCUGCAUCUGCCGCGCAAUCGGCUGCUUCCAAGGUGAAAGAUGGAGGGUACGAUUACAAGGUGAAUGAAACCGUCAAUGUCGUCACUGCAAAAACAACAGAGAUUGGACAGAGGACAUGGGGAAUCAUGAGAGGUGUCAUGGCAUUGGCUUCGCAGAAGGUUGAGGAGUACACAAAAGAAGGUGCAGACUGGAAAACUGAUAGCUGGCAACAAAAUGAGGGCGAGAGAAAUGGGUACCAGCAUGAGUUUGCACAAAAUUCUAGAGGUUGGAAUUCUUCUGGAGGAGAUCAGCCGUCAUCUCAUGGGCAUUCUAAUUCUGUAAGCUCUGGCUCCUGGGAUGAUUGGGGUAGCAAAGACAAUAGGAAGGAAGAAUCCUCAAAGGGGGGAACAGCAUCACACAAUGGGGAUAACUGGGCAGGCUGGGAUGAUGAUUCUAAUGAUGAUGGAUAUGAUAAUUUCUACCAGACGGCAUCUAAUAAUAAGGCCGUGGGUCAUAAUGGGAAAUCGGAUGCCAAAUGGACACAGGGAGGCUUUCUCUAAGGUCUGUAAAUUGGCUCAAGUUAUUUCUUUUUCCUUUCAGAAUUAUUUUUUUUUCCCAUGUAACUUGUUGGGAAGGGCUUUGUAUGUUUGGAAAUAGUUUAUACAUACACACUCGACAACAGCUUGGGGCUGAUUGCCCCGACAAAGGAGACAACACUUAGCUUCACAAUUUAUUAACAAUUUAGGUUGCCUUUGCUUGUUUGUAAUUAUGAUGGUAGUUUUAUUAUUAUUUUUUUAAAAUUUUAAUUUGAUCUUGUGUACUUCAAAUUCUACUAUAACCAUAAAAUUAUAUAUUUAUUUA